AUGUCUUCUGUUUUUUUUGCUUUUGCUUCUGUUGUCUUUUUUUUUUUGUUUUUUUGUGUCUUUUUUUUUUUUUUGCUUGUCUUUUUGUUUUUUUUUUGCUGUCUUCUGUUGUCUUUUUUGUUUUUUGCUGUCUUCUGUUGUCUUUUUUGUUUUUUGCUGUCUUCUGUUGUGUCUUUUUUGUUUUUUGCUGAGUCUUCUGUUGUGUCUUUUUUGUUUUUUGCUGUGUCUUCUGUUGUGUCUUUUUUGUUUUUUGCUGUGUCUUCUGUUGUGUCUUUUUUGUUUUUUGCUGAGUCUUCUGUUGUGUCUUUUUUGUUUUUUGCCGUGUCUUCUGUUGUGUCUUUUUUUUUUGCUGUCUUCUUUGUCUUUUUUUUUUGCUGUUUUUCUGUGUCUUUUUUUUUGUGUUUUUUGUUUUUUUGUUUUCUUCUGUUGUGUCUUUUUUUGUUUUUUGCUGAGUCUUCUGUUGUGUCUUUUUGUUUUUUUCUGUUGUGUCUUUUUUUUUUGUUUUUGCUGGAGUCUUCUGUUGUCUUUUUUUUUUUUUUUGCUGUGUCUUCUGUUUUGUCUUUUUUUUUUUUUUUUGUGUCUUUUUGUUUUUGUGUUCUUUUUUUUUUUUUUUGCCGUGUCUUCUGUUGUGUCUUUUUUUUUUUUUCUUCUAUUUGUCUUCUUUUUUGCCGUGUCUUCUUUUUGUUUUUUGCCGUGUCUUCUGUUGUGUUUUUGCCGUGUCUUUUUUGUUUUUUUGUUUUUUGCCGUGUCUUCUGUUGUGUCUUUUGUUUUUUUUCUUUUUGUGUCUUUUUUUGUUUUUUGCUGAGUCUUCUGUUGUUUCAUUUUGUUUUUUGCUGUGUCUUCUGUUGUUUCAUUUUGUUUUUUGCCGUGUCUUCUGUUGUUUCUUUUUUGUUUUUUGCCGUGUCUUUUGUGUUUUUCUUUUUGGGGGGGGAGGGGUUGCCGUGUCUUCUGGUUAUUUCCUCUCUCUCUCUCUCUCUCUCUGAUUCUGGCAUUAGUAUUUCCUCUCUCUCUCUCUCUCUGAUUCUGGCAUUAGUGUAUGCCACUCUCUCACUUUCUCUCUCUGAUCCUGGCAUUAGUAUACGCCACUCUCUCUCUCUCUCUCUCUCUCUCUCUCUGAUCCUGGCAUUAGUAUACGCCACUCUCUCUCUCUCUCUCUCUGAUUCUGGCGUUAGUGUAUGCCACUCUCUCUCUCUCUCUCUCUCUCUCUCUCUCUCUCUCUCUCUGAUUCUGGCGUUGUGUGUGCCACACUCUCUCUCUCUCUCUCUCUCUGAUUCUGGCGUUAGUGUAUGCCACUCUCUCUCUCUCUCUCUGAUUCUGGCGUUAGUGUGUGCCACUCUCUCUCUCUCUCUCUCUCUCUCUGAUUCUGGCGUUAGUGUGUGCCACUCUCUCUCUCUCUCUGAUUCUGGCUAUACGCCACUCUCUCUCUCUCUCUCUGAUCCUGGCAUUAGUGCCGCCACUCUCUCUCUCUCUCUGAUCCUGGCAUUAGUAUACGCCACUCUCUCUCUCUCUCUCUCUGAUCCUGGCAUUAGUAUGCGCCACUCUCUCUCUCUCUCUCUCUCUCUCUCUCUCUCUCUGAUUCUGGCUAUACGCCACUCUCUCACUCUCUCUCUGAUCCUGGCAUUAGUAUACGCCACUCUCUCUCUCUCUCUCUCUGAUCCUAGCAUUAGUAUACGCCACUCUCUCUCUCUCUCUCUGAUCCUAGCAUUAUAUACGCCACUCUCUCUCUCUCUCUCUCUCUCUGAUCCUAGCAUUAGUAUACGCCACUCUCUCUCUCUCUCUCUCUCUCUGAUCCUAGCAUUAGUAUAUGCCACUCUCUCUCUCUCUCUCUCUGAUCCUAGCAUUAGUAUACGCCACUCACUAUCUAAUGUGAUGGGCAUCGUUUAUGAGUCCGAGAAUAUUAGUAUCUUCUGGUACAUUGCCAAAGUUAGUGAGGAGCAAAAUAGUAUAUUUUAG